UAGUUUACAAUGUUGAUGAGAAUUUUCAUGUUUAUAUUUUUUAACGGUUAUUUAAAAUUCAAGUUGAUUUCUGAUUUCGAUUCUUCUUCAAGUGCUGAAGUUUAAAUCGUCAAGUUACUUGUGGCCAGCUUUUUGUUUACAUUCAGAUUUUUUAAAGAAAAUUUAGUAAAAACAACUGUUUUAAACAUUUGUAAUCAUAGAGAAUAAAAAAUAAAAGAAGAAAAAAUAUACAAUUAAAAGGAUCUCAAGAUGUUUUCACAGCAAAACGUCAUGUCUCAGCCAAAUCCAAUGAAAGAUAUUGAAGUUGCUUCACCGCCAGAUGAUUCAAUUUCGGCUUUGAAAUUCUCACCAGCAACAUCUCUACCAAAGAAUUUUUUGCUUGCUGGUAGUUGGGAUUGUUCAGUGAGAUGUUGGGAAGUUGAGGAUACUGGGAAAACAAUUCCAAAAGCAAUGAAAACAAUGACUGGACCAGUACUUGAUGUUGGAUGGCAUGAUGAUGGCACAAAAGCGUUUAUAGCAGGAGCUGAUAAGACAGCUAAAGUGUGGGACUUAGCAGCUGAUCAAGUAGUUCAAGUAGCUGCUCAUGAUCAAACUGUGAAAACUUGUCAUUGGGUUAAGGCACCUAACUAUACAUGUUUAAUGACUGGAAGCUGGGAUAAAACAUUAAAAUUCUGGGAUCUAAGACAAUCAAAUCCAAUUCUACAAUUUCAACUUCCUGAAAGAUGUUACACGGCUGACGUUGAAUAUCCGAUGGCUGUUGUUGGAACUGCAAAUCGCCAUGUGAUUAUUUACUCUCUCGAAGGUCAACCACAAGAAUUUAAGCGUCAUGAGAGUCCAUUAAAGUAUCAACAUCGUUGUGUAGCAAUAUUCAAUGAUAUGAAGAAGAAAACUCCAGCUGGUUAUGCUCUAGGUUCAAUUGAAGGACGUGUCGCCAUUCAAUAUCUUAAUCCUGUUAAUCCAAAAGACAAUUUCACAUUCAAGUGCCAUCGUGUUAAUGGAGCAGCCAAUUUUCAAGAUAUUUAUGCUGUUAAUGACAUCGCUUUCCAUCCUGUUCAUGGAACUCUUGUAACUGUUGGAUCUGAUGGGACAUUUAGCUUCUGGGAUAAAGAUGCUCGAACUAAGUUAAAGAGUUCAGAGUUGUUGGAUCAAUCAAUUACAAAAUGUGCUUUCAGUGCAGGUGGUCACAUUUUUGCUUACGCUGUAGGAUAUGAUUGGUCUAAGGGUCACGAGUAUUAUAAUCCUCAAAAGAAAAGUUAUAUUUUACUCCGCUCCUGUUUCGACGAGCUCGCUCCACGAAAAAGCAACUAGACAUCAUCAUCUCUUAUUAUUACAUAAAUUUUUUUUGUUAGCAACGAAAUAAAAAACCACAAAAAUAUGAGAUGAAAAUAAAAAUAUUUUUCUUUCAUUUUUGAGAAUGAAACUUGACUUGAAUUAAGCAAUUUUUCAUCUCCGAUUUUAUGCAUGAAAACAAGAAACAAAAUAAAACUCUUGUCUUUCCAGAUUAUUGACA